AUGGUUUUGCAUACUAUCACGUUGUCAGAAGAUGGAAUCGAUUUGCAGCGCCGCAUUCUGGAGGAGAAACAACGCCAGAAACGUCUGUUGAACAGUGGCGGAAUUCGACUGAAUGAUCCACCGAAAGAGCAUUCGUUCUCGAAUCGCCUGAUCUUAUCCAGAAAUAUCUCAUCCAGUCCAAGUUUUAAUUCACCCUGCAUGGGUCGACAGAUUGGUAGUAGCCCAUCGACGGCGGGCGCAGUUACCUCGAGCCUUUCGGGAAGUCCGUCGGGACCUUUUUCGGGCACCUAUGUGGGAGUUUCGGGAAAUCACCCCGGAAUGUCGAAUGCAAGUCGGGAAUCGUACGCAUACGAUGGCCCGCUGUCGUAUGGAGCCGAAGAUCCGGACAGUACAUCACCGGGCAUUUCCGGACCAACCAUUAUUACGGUCAGAGGUGUGACUCCACGGCCAAUUCAGAGUUCAUCAGAUGAAGAAGAAUCGUUGUUGUCGAAGAAACUACUGGACGAUGCUGAAAAGCCGGAUGUUAUGGCGACUUCGACUACGGAAAAUGAGGAUGAUCUAGCGGUUGAACCAUGGCGAGAUGAAAUCGAAGAGAAUAUUUUAGCAGGUACUGAAUACCCAGACAUCAAUGAAAUAAUCACAAAUUUGGAGCAGUUUGUAAUGGCACCUGCGAAACGGAAUGUCACCUAUAAAUGCCGUAUAACAAGAGAUAAGAAAGGCAUGGACAGGGGAAUCUACCCCACAUAUUUUCUGCAUUUAGAAAAAGACGAUGAAAAACGGGUAUUUUUGUUGGCAGCACGUAAACGAAAAAAGAGUACAACGGCAAAUUAUUUGAUCUCAAUUGAUCCUACGGAUCUCAGUCGAGUCGGGAACUCGUUUGUUGGAAAAGUGAGGUCGAAUGCGUUAGGAACGCACUUUACGCUUUAUGAUAACGGUGAAAAUCCAAAGAAGGCAGCGGUCAUUGGCGACUGUGUUCGACAGGAACUGGCUGCGGUCAUUUAUGAAACGAAUGUACUUGGCUUUAAAGGACCCCGUAAGAUGACCAUUCUGAUACCUGGAAUCUGCGACACCGAGAAUUAUCGUCGUAAACAAAUUCGACCAAUUUCUGAGAAGGACGCUAUACUGGAAAGGUGGAAGAAUCGACGUACAGAAGAGCUGAUUGCAAUGCACAAUAAGAAUCCUGUGUGGAAUGAAGAUACUCAAUCAUAUGUACUGAACUUCCACGGACGUGUCACCCAAGCGUCAGUGAAGAAUUUUCAAAUCGUACACGAAGCUGACCCCGACUACAUCGUGAUGCAGUUCGGUCGUAUUAGUGAUGAAAUGUUCACAAUGGACUUCAGAUAUCCGUUAUCAGCAUUGCAAGCGUUCGGCAUUGCGAUGACAAGUUUUCAUGGGAAGCUGGCUUGUGAAUAA